GCUAGCUCAGUUGUGUCAGUCAGAUGAUUGUCCAAACAAGGACACUUACACGGGCGUCAGUUUACAUCCUCAAAAUACUAAUGUACAGCUGAGAAAAUGAAGAAAAACAAGGGAAAGGUGAACACCACCACUGAGAAGGAGUUUGUAUUUAAGUUCAGGGCAGGGAGGAAUGUCUGUGUCCUCAAAGUACCUCUGCAAUUCCCUGUCCAAGAAAACGUCAGUGACCUUCAUGGACGACUUAUGCUGCUGCACAAAAUACCUUGCUUCGUUGAGAAUGAACUGAAGAGCACACUGUCCACCUUUAUUGAGAGUGAAACCAUCCAGGACUAUGACAGAGAAGCAGAGUUGGCCCUACAGAGACUGACAACAGGAGAGGUGGACAUCAACCAGCUUACAAACACAUGGGCUAAGGCCUACUCUGAGACAACGCUGGAACAUGCUCGUCCUGAGGAGCCCUGCUGGGAUGAGGACUUUGCAGAUGUUUACCACGAGCUCAUCCAUUCCCCGGCCUCUGACACCCUGCUCAACCUGGAACACAACUACUUUGUCAGCGUCUCAGAGCUCAUCAGUGAGAGAGACAUGGAGCUGAAUAAGUUACAAGAGAGACAGGCAGCAGAGAUGGACAAAGUCAUGCAGGAGCUGGGAAAGACCAUGACUGACCAGGAUGUAAAUGCAGUUGCCUCUCAACACUUCGAUGCCCAGCAGGUGCUGGAGAACAAGUGGGCCAAUGAACUGAAACAGGUGACUCAUAUUCAGAAGCAGGAGUAUCAGGAGUGGGUGAUCAAACUGCACCAGGACAUGCAGAACCCCAAUAACAGCACUAUUAAUGAGGAGAUCAAGGUGCAGCCCAGUCAGCUGACAGUGGAGUCUGAGCCUGGGGCCAGGCUGUAUGAGGAGCAGCGACAGCUGGAGGAGAGCUUCACCAUCCACUUAGGUGCACAGCUGAAGACCAUGCACAACCUGCGGCUGGUGCGGGCAGACGUGCUGGACUUCUGUAAGCACCGUCGGCAUGGCAGCAGCGGGACCAAGCUGCGGCGGUUGCAGACUGCUCUGUCGCUCUACUCCUCGUCCCUGUGUGGCCUGGUGCUGCUGGUGGACAACCGGGUCAACUCCUAUAGCAGCAUCAAGAGAGACUUUGCCACAGUAUCUAAGGAGUGUACAGACUUCCACUUCCCUCGCCUGGAGGAGCAGCUGGAGGUGGUCCAGCAGGUGGUGCUUUACGCCUGGGCUCAGAGGAGCAGCAAGCACAAAGUCCAGCCCGAGGUUCCUAGGAAUGGAACUAAUACUGAAGAUAAAAACAAAAAUUUGGAAAGGAAUCCCUCCAAUAUCUUACCAGGUGAAUUUUACAUCUCCCGCCACUCCAACCUGUCUGAGGUCCACAUAGUGUUCCACCUGUGUGUGGAUGACAACGUGCGCUCAGGCAACAUCACGGCCCGGGACCCUGCCAUCAUGGGCCUCCGCAACAUCCUCAAGGUCUGCUGCACUCACGACAUCACCACCAUCACCAUCCCUCUGCUACUGGUCCACGACAUGUCAGAGGAGAUGACCAUCCCGUGGUGCCUGAAGCGGGCCGAGCUGGUCUUCAAAUGUGUCAAAGGUUUCAUGAUGGAGAUGGCAUCGUGGGAUGGAGGGAUCUCACGGACUGUUCAGUUUCUAGUUCCACAGAGUAUAUCGGAGGAGAUGUUCUACCAGUUGAGCAACAUGCUGCCUCAGAUCUUCCGCGUCUCCUCCACCCUCACGCUCACCUCCAAACGCUGAGGGAGACACAGGACCAAUCACAUUGGCUUGGAAACUGUCAACACUGAGUUCCAGCAAACAUAUUUAAACUGUUGCAUUUCACAGGGGUUAGUGUGAUGGAUGACUUUAUCAACCCCCUUGCAUAAUUAGCAUCUUGAGGCAAGGCGGCAUCAUCUCGGGGCAAGGUGACAUCAUCUUGCCAAAAAGAUAGAUUGUGUUGUUGUCCGAGACGAGCAUUAUGCAGUUUUUGUGCAUUGCAGUGAAUUAUAGUGACGGCUCUGUCUGUCAUUAUUCCUCUCCACUCGAGUAACAGCAGAGGGCACUGUUCUCAGAGACAAAGCCCCCAACUCUCUGAUAGAUGUUUAUUCUACUUUGUGCCUAAACAUGGACUUUAUCUUUUAUUAUGAAAUUUACAGUUGGCAUUAAAGUUGCACCCUAUUGAGCAUACACAAGUUCAGCAAUUAAACUUUUCGAUGUGGCAUUCCAAUGAACUCAUUCCAAUUUACGCCGUGUUUACACCUCGGCGGUAAAUGUUUUUAGUAGAAAUGUAUGUAAGGAGUGUUGAAACUGUUUCAAGGAGAAUGACAGGCUGUGUAUAUAGUCACAAACUUACAUUACUGAUCUAAUGUGAAUUUCAUCUCUGUGAAAUGUUUCUGAUUUGACAUUAUUUACAUUUUUUUUACUGGGGCCUGAAGCACUGGAGAAUAGUCUACACCAUAUUGCAGUUUCUGCACAAUUUUAUUUUCUGUUUAGGAAUAAUCCACGAUUGGCUAAUAUGACAUAGUAAUUGCAUUCCAUUUCUGCUUGGAUUAAGUCAUUUUAGGUAGAUGAAAUAAUUAUUAUUGUCAAACACUCGGGCUCCCGAGUGGCGCAGUGGUCUAAGACACUGCAUCUCAGUGCAAGAGGCGUGCGUCACUGCAGUACAUGGCUCGAAUCCAGGCUGCAUCACAUCCGGCCGUGAUUGGGUGGCGCACAAUUGGCCCAGCGUCGUCCGGUAUUGGCCGUCAUUGUAAAUAAGAAUUUGUUCGUAACUGACUUGCCUAGUUAAAUAAAAAAUAAAAACACUUUCCUGCCCUGAAUAUCAGUGUCAGUAUUGAGAUGAUUAAACAGAUCAAGUGCACUAAUCAAAA